AUGUCUAAUAUCCUCCCAGAAAUUAUUAGACAAAAAGUAGAAUCGAAAUCAUUGAUAUCUAAAGAGGAUGUUGUAAAGAUUAUGUACCCAUUCAAGGAGAAGCCUGCUGGUGACGGUGGAGGUGAUGGUAUUGCAAUUGUGGGUAGUUGUAAUGGUUUGAUUUGUGCAUCACAUGUUGGUUAUAUCUUUUACAUCUGGAAUCCACGUACGGGAGAGUAUAAAGUAAUAAGAUCGCCGUUUGGAUUUCAGGACAGAUCUUUUGGGUUUGGUUAUGAUCCGAAAACUCGUGAUUACAAGUUUGUCUCAAUUUACUGCCAUCCAGAUAGGGAUGUUUCUCAAGUUGAGAUGUAUACUUUAGGUUCAGAUUCAUGGGAAAACUAUCACUCGUACAAUCCUUAUGACAUUAGCGGAAAGCAUGGGGUGUUUCUAAGGGGAGCUGUCCACUGUGUCUCCGAUACAAAAUUUGAGAUUUGGGAGAUGAAAGAUUAUGGAGUGAGGUAUCGUUGGUCUAAAGUGUUCAAAAUUGACCAGCAAGAACUUAUGCCGACGGUGGGAAUGGUAUUCGAUCCUGUGAAUACAUAA